UACGUAUUUUACAAAUGGCAGCACUGUCAGCGCAACACAACUCCUACUAAUUAUUAAAUUUCUAAAACGGAACGUCAACAAUUUCGGGUAGCAAAACAAAAACACAUUUCGACAAACCGAAUUUGACUUAAAUCUAAAGGCUCCACCUCUUGCACGGAUCCCAUCCAGUUAAUAAAGAACAAGAAAUGGCUCGCGGACACCAGAAGAUCCAGUCACAGGCUAAGGCGGCGGAGAAGCAGGCCAAGAUGAAGAAGCAGCAGGGCCACAGUGCUAACGACCAAAAAAAGGCUGCCCAGAAGGCGCUCGUACACGUCUGCGCCGUGUGCAAGUCGCAAAUGCCCGAUCCCAAGACUUAUAAGCAGCAUUUCGAGAACAAGCAUCCCAAGAACGAUAUGCCGGAGGAGCUGAAGGAUGUCUGAUGCCCAACAGCCAUUUUGCCGCGGGCACAACACAUAUUUAUAUCAAGCUGAAUCACGAGAUCGAGGACGACGAGUUGCCUACCAGUACGAAAUCUUGGCAACAAUAACUUUACAUCAGCCCGAAAAAGAACAGCUACAAUCAAGCGGAAGCCAAGCCAAGGGUGGAUGAUAAUAACAACAAUAAGUGUAAUAUUAAUAGAAAUUACCAAUGCAAGGAGCGCAGCUGAAUUUUUUGUAUACACACGGCUGACUUUUGGUUUUGGUUUAAGUUUUUACAUUGAAAUUAAUACAGUAUACAAUUGUUCAAUGAAUGGCUACAACACACGGAAAAAAACCCUACCACAUAUUAUAGCAAUA